AUGGGCAUCUUCGACGAGCCGAUCACGCACGAGCCCAUCACCGAGUUCACGCCGUGCGUGAACGGCUUCGCGGGCACGGAGGAGAACAACACGUUCGCGUGCCGCGACCUCGAUCUGUACACCUUCCUCUCGCACGAGGCCUUGGGCAGCGAGGCCCGGUUCGGGAGCGAUAUCUGGGGGUGGACGUACGAGGACGCGGAGAAGAAGGGGGAGAAGCGCGAGUUUGGGCUGGUGGGGCAGUACGAGGGCACGGCGUUCGUGGAGAUCGUCGGCGCGGGCAAGGUCCUCUACCUCGGCCGCCUCCCGACCCAGAGCGUGGGCAGCAUCUGGCGCGACAUCAAGGUCAUCGGCGACUACGCCUACAUCGGCAGCGAGGCCGAGGGGCACGGUAUCCAGGUCUUCGACCUCAAGAAGUCGCUCGCGCUCGAGCCCAAGACGUUCAGCAUUGACACCGACCUGACGGCGUGGCACGACCUCCCCAUCGGCCGCUCGCACAACAUCGUCUCGCAUGCCGGCAAGAACCUGAUCGCCGCUGUCGGCUCCGUUCCCCGCGACGAUGCAUGCCGCGCUGGCUUGAUCUUCGUCGACGUCACCGACCCCGCCAACCCCAAGAGCGCCGGCUGCGCAUGGGAGGACGGGUACACGCACGACGCACAGUGCCUGACGUACAUCGGGCCCGACACCAAGUACAACGGCUCGGACAUCUGCUACGCGUACAACGAGGACUCGUUCACGAUCUACGACAUCACCGACCCCGCCGAGCCGGCCAUCAUCUCCCGCACGGGCUACUACGGCGUCAGCUACUCGCACCAGGGCUGGGUCGUCGACGAGCUCGACCAGCGCUACGUCCUGCUCGACGACGAGCUCGACGAGCUGAACAGCACCGGAUGGGCGGCCGACCAGCGCACGGUGACCUACAUCUGGGACAUCCAGAACCUCAGCGCGCCGAUCCUCACCGGACACUACAAAUCGCCCCAGAAGGCGAUCGACCACAACCUCUACGUCGUCGACGGGCUCGCGUACGAGAGCAACUACGGCAGCGGCCUCCGCGUCAUCGACGUCAGCAGCGUCGCCGCGGACCCCACCGGCGCGGGCUUCAAAGAGGUCGCCUUCUUCGACGUUCACCCCGAGGACGACGACGUCGGAGGCAUCGCCGAGUUCACUGGCUCAUGGUCGGUGUACCCGUACUUCGAGAGCGGCUACAUCUUGGUCAACUCGAUCGAGCGUGGUUUGUUCGUGCUCAAGCGCUCGUGA